UUGCUCCUGAAAGGGCUCAUUGUAGGAAGGGAUGAGAGUGUGUGCAGCCGCGCGGUGUGUGGUGUGAGUCUGUGUGUGUGUGUGUGUGUAUAUGGACCCCCCCGCUCCCCCUCCUCCUCCUCCUCCUCAACUAGCUGGUCAGCAGCGGAGGGAUUAGUGAAGCCAGCUCCACUCACUACUAACAGACUGGGGGGGGUUGCAGUAAGCGUGAAUCAUGCUCGUCGUCAUUACUACCGGCUGGGAGUGGAGCCGAAAUUGUGCAAGAUACGGAUAACAGCGAAGAGAGGACCGUGUGGACUGACUCAAGUUUCCAGGUCUCCUCAUUCUGCCGUGAAAAUGCCUCACCAGGGGCUCCUCUUCUGCUGCUGCUGCCGCCGCCGCUGCUCGGACCCGUCGCAUUAUGCUGCCUCUCUCACGUGUGCUUUAUGUUGAAGAAGAAGUGACCGGGAAAAACCUGUAAAGGAGCCUGUGAGGGCGACUGAGCAAAAGCCAAGGGGCGUGCGGAUAUUUUCCUUUUCGCCGUGCGGAGAUUUUUCUCAAGUGGAAGAAGGUGGGGGGGGGUGGGGGAAAGUUGUACUUGUUGGUCAAAGAGGAAACAUGGGGAACGCAGGGAGCAUGGACCAGCACACUGAUUUCAGAGGACACAACAUGCCUCUGAAACUGCCCAUGCCCGAGUCAGGUGAACUGGAGGAACGAUUUGCAACCGUUUUGAACUCAAUGAAUCUUCCCCCAGACAAAGCGCGACUGUUGCGGCAGUAUGACAAUGAGAAGAAGUGGGAACUCAUCUGCGAUCAGGAGCGAUUCCAAGUGAAAAACCCACCUCACACGUACCUCCAAAAGCUGAGGAGUUAUCUAGACCCAGCAGUCACAAGAAAGAAAUUCAGACGGAGAGUUCAGGAGUCCACACAAGUCCUGAGAGAGCUGGAAAUUUCGUUAAGGACCAAUCAUAUAGGGUGGGUGAGAGAAUUCUUAAAUGAAGAAAACAAAGGCCUGGACGUGCUGGUGGAGUAUCUUUCUUUUGCACAGUAUGCUGUCACGUUUGAUGGAGACUGUGUGGAGAACAACCCAGAGGCUGCGAUGGAUAAGUCUAAGCCCUGGAGCCGCUCUAUAGAAGACCUGCAUGGAGGAAGCACCCUGCCGUCUCCCAUCACUGCGAACGGCAUCACACGUGCUGGGCGACAUUCCACGAUACGGACACCGAGCACACUGAGCUGUCCAAAGUGCUCCCAAGUAAGACGUUGCAACACACUGCCGAGCCGGAGAACUCUGAAAAACUCCAGACUGGUGUGCAAGAAAGACGACGUCCACGUCUGCAUCAUGUGCCUGCGUGCUAUCAUGAACUACCAGUACGGCUUCAACAUGGUCAUGUCACACCCACAUGCUGUAAAUGAAAUUGCACUAAGUCUCAACAAUAAAAACCCAAGAACUAAAGCUCUGGUCUUGGAGCUCCUGGCGGCAGUUUGUCUCGUGAGAGGAGGCCACGAAAUAAUUCUCUCUGCGUUCGACAACUUUAAGGAGGUGUGUAUGGAGACGCAGCGGUUUGAGAGGCUAAUGGAGUAUUUCAAGAAUGAGGACAACAACAUCGACUUCAUGGUGGCCUGUAUGCAGUUCAUCAACAUAGUUGUGCACUCGGUGGAGGACAUGAACUUCAGGGUUCAUCUACAGUUCGACUUCACCAAGCUGUGUCUGGAUGACUACUUAGAUAAACUAAAGCAUACAGAGAGCGAUAAGCUGCAGGUUCAGAUCCAGGCCUACUUGGAUAAUGUGUUUGACGUGGGAGCCCUUCUGGAGGAUGCGGAGACCAAAAACGCUGCCCUGGAGCGCGUGGAGGAGCUGGAGGAGAACAUGUCGCAUAUGACAGAGAAGCUGCAGGACAUGGAGAACGAGGCCAUGUCAAAGAUCGUGGAGCUGGAGAAGCAGCUGAUGCAAAGGAACAAGGACCUUGAAUCCAUCAGGGAAGUGUACAAAGACACCAGCUCGCAGGUACACUCACUGCGGCAGAUGUUGAAGGAGAAGGACGAGGCCAUUCAGCGACAGAGUAACCUGGAGAAGAAGAUCCAUGAACUGGAGAAACAAGGCACCAUCAAGAUCCACAAGAAGGGAGACGGAGACAUCUCCAUCCUGCCCUCACCGCCCUCCGGUGUAGAGGGCUUGUCGGGUUCCUCUAUGGGAGGAAACGGUGCAACUUUCAGUCCAAACCAUGUGGGAGUCGUAGCGGGCACCCCUGCUCCGCCACCACCGCCUCCCCCACCCCCUCCACUGCCGGUGAACGGCACAUUGUCAAACGGACCAUCGUCGGCCAUUCCUGCAGCAGCAGCUCCCUCACCCCCACCACCUCCCCCUCCUCCUCCGCCUCCGCCUCCUCCCCCAGGGCCAGCCUCGGCACCUAUGCCUCCUCCGCCUCCUCCUGCAGCCCCCCCACUGCCUGGCUGUGGGACGCCCACUGUCAUCAUGAACUCUGGGUUAGCAGAGGGACCCAUCAAGCUUUUCUCUGUUAAGAUCAAGAAACCCAUCAAGACAAAGUUCCGUUUGCCUGUCUUCAACUGGGUAGCCCUGAAACCGAACCAGAUCAACGGGACUGUCUUCAAUGAGAUUGAUGACGAGAGGAUACUCGAGGACCUGAACGUGGACGAGUUCGAGGAGAUGUUCAAGACGAAAGCCCAGGGCCCGGCAAUCGACCUCACUAUGAGCAAGCAGAAGAUCAUCCACAAGGGGCCAAACAAGGUGACGCUACUGGACUCCAACAGAGCAAAGAACCUGGCCAUCACACUGAGGAAAGUGGGCAAGACUCCUGAGGAGAUCUGCAAGGCCAUUCAGAUAUUUGACCUACGAACUCUGCCCGUGGACUUUGUGGAGUGUCUGAUGCGCUUCCAGCCCACAGAGAAUGAGACUAAAAUCAUGCGGCAGUUUGAGAAGGAGCGCAAGCCGCUGGAGAGCCUGACAGACGAGGACCGCUUCAUGAUGCAGUUCAGUAAAAUCGAGCGACUCAUGCAGAAGAUGACCAUCAUGGCCUUCAUUGGCAACUUCUGUGAGAGCGUGCAGAUGCUCACACCGCAACUUCAUGCAGUCAUCGCAGCAUCUGUGUCCAUCAAAUCAUCACAGAAGCUAAAGAAAAUUCUAGAGAUUAUCUUGGCUCUUGGAAACUACAUGAACAGCAGCAAAAGAGGAGCAGUGUACGGAUUCAAGCUGCAAAGUUUAGACUUGCUACUUGAUACCAAGUCGACAGACCGUAAGAUGACGUUGUUACACUACAUAGCCAAUGUGGUAAAGGAGAAAUAUGCGCAAGUUUCUCUCUUCUACAACGAGCUGCACUAUGUGGAGAAAGCUGCAGCAGUGUCGUUGGAGAACGUCCUGCUGGAUGUUAAGGAGCUGCACAGAGGCAUGGAGCUGACCAAAAGAGAGUACAGCAUGCACGGCCACAACACUAUGCUCAAAGACUUCAUCGCACACAAUGACAGCAAGCUGAAGAAGCUGCAGGAUGAUGCCAAGAUUGCACAGGAUGCCUUUGACGAGGCUGUGAAGUUCUUUGGGGAGAACUCCAAAACAACGCCGCCCUCUGUCUUCUUCCCUGUGUUUGUGCGAUUUGUGAAGGCUUACAGGCAAGCAGAGGAGGACAACGAGCAUAAAAAGAGACAGGAGCAGAUUAUGAUGGAGAAACUUCUAGAACAGGAGGCCAUGAUGGAGGAAGACCAAAAGUCUCCAUCUCAUAAGAACAAGCGACAGCAGCAAGAGCUGAUCCAGGAGCUCAGGAGGAAACAGGUGAAAGACAGCCGCCACGUCUACGAAGGCAAAGAUGGAGCUAUUGAGGACAUCAUCACAGCCCUAAAGAAGAAUAAUAUUACUAAAUUUCCCAAUGUCUACUCGAGGGUAAGGAACUCCUCCAGUAGCACCCCUGUAGUGGUGGAUGUGUCCCAAACCUGAUUUGAGGAAUCAGCCUUACAGGCGAGCAGAUGCUGUGCGGAGGAGUGUCAGGAAACGCUUUGAUGAUCAGAACCUGCGGCCGGUGAACAACGGCGAAGUGGUCAUGUGACGAGGGUACAGUGCAUGUGCUGGAGAAGAUGGUGAGGAUGUGUAACGUCAAGAGAGGGAGAGGCAGGAGGUUCGAUGCAGAUUGAAUGAUGAUACAUGAAAGAUGACAAGUGUUGUAGCAACCAUAGAGAUGAGUAUGUAUAUAUAUUACAUAAGAAUACACGUUAUUCCAUGUCUGUGGUAUAGUAGCAGCUUUUCACGAUGAAGGACUGGGACAUGUAUGGGACUGAAAUGAAAGUGUCUGAAAGGUUGAUUCAGAAACCUUAGACAAGCCAAGUGCCUGAACUUAUUUUUGCGGGAUAAUGUCACGCCGUCUUCUGUUUGUCUGAUGUUUUUAAAUAUUCCCCACUUCAAGCAAUACAACUUGACCUGGCUUUAAUUUUAAGAUGUGUAAACUGGACUUGUGGUGGCCUUAAGAGCCACGUGAAGAGAUGAUUCCUUGGAAACAUAAAUGUAGAAUGUAUGGGACGUGUUCCCUUUAGCUGUUACGAAUAUUACAUCUUUUAGUGUUGAGUUUGAUAUCUGUAGUAUCUCGGUACAUUCCGGUGCUCUUUUCCAUUCCUCUUACCAUACAAACAUGUGCUCAACCUGUGCUUUUCAACUAAAAGGGCUGAUGAUCAGGCAUGAAGAAGGUGAUCAGAAAAUAAUUCAAACUCUAUAUUUGUACUAAAGUAAGUAUAAGGAUGAUGAAGAAUGAACGGAAAAGACAUCAAAAUCAGUCAUACAUUUCGAAGACCGGGCUAAUGUGAAUUGUUUAUGUCAGGCCUCUCCACACUGACUUCUCUUUCAUAAAUUCUUACUAUGGUUAACUGAUCGAGACUGACUUUGUAGCCCUUAAUCCAUAGAAGUGGGCUGCCUGCUCACAUAAAACUCUACCGUCCAUUUAAAAUGUUGCAUUUCUGUAGCAGCGCAGCAAUGUGUCUGGUUACUGGGAACAAGUUUAAGCCGUAGAUACUGAACCCUACUGGAUGAUCUCAUUGUCAAAACUGGAUAUACCUUUGCAUUUCAUCUCAAAGAUUAAUUAUAUUCCAGGCUACUGUGUUUACUCACUUUAUUGUAAUUUUAAUGUAUAGUAUUUAACCACAGAAAGGAUUCCUUUAAGCUCAUGUUUUCAUCUAAUGCGUGUCCAUGGUCAUUAAAAACACGGCAAAAACACAAAAAAGUUUCCUAAAUGUACAGAUAUUUUGCUACAAACUAUGUUUUCUUUUCUUUCUUUUUUACUUAAUUCACAUUACCAGAUGGUUAAUAUUGUACAUAUUGUUUAAACAAAAGUUUUCAUUGCCUCGUGCUAUACAACUUGAAUGUUAUUUUAACUUAUAGUUUUUGUUUCCAUUUUUGUAUAUUUAAUGAAGCCAAAUGCAGCCAGAAUCUACAGUAAAGUGUGUAAAAUCCUAAUGUCUCACAGACAGCAGAUUACUGAAUUUGCUUGUGGGUGUGUCACAGGUGUGUCAAAGCCAGCUACAGUUCUGAUUUGCAAGUGUUGGUACAUUUGAACAGAUUUAAACUCAUACACAUUGCAUCCAAUAAAACUAGUUUCUAUUAGUUUGACCUAUGAUUAGCUGGUUUUGUGGCUUAGUGAUACACUCUCCUGUAAUUAUCUCCAUUGAAGCACAUGUUGCCAUUCAUCACCUUUUUCUCUCAACUUCACUGUCUGUAAUAGUGAUAUUUCUCCAACUGGAUAAUACUGGCAUGUUUUUUUUUCCUUUCACCACCUAAAUGUAUUUUAGGCAGUUUGUGCUUAUUACAAAAUAACAAGCCCCCUUUUUUAAUUAGGUGAUAUGAGAUUUUCAAUGAAUAUGAUCAAAUAAACUAUUUACAUUGAAUAUA